AUGACGGAUUAUUUCACCCGGCACAUUACCGCUUUAGCCCUACCCGAUUGCACAGCACAAACUACCGCUCAAUCAUUAUUCAAUGAUUAUUUUUGUAAAUUUGGAAUUCCGUCCGUGAUAUUAAGUGAUCAAGGACCACAUUUUCAAAACAUCCUGUUCGAAAAUAUACAAAAAUUGAUCGGCUACAACCACAUAUUCAGCGCACCGUACCACCCGCAAACUAAUGGAAUCGUUGAACGAUUUAAUAGCACAUUUGUUCCACAAAUCUCAAAAUUGCAAGAUGCAGAAGAUAACAACUGGGGCGAGUAUCUUCAGGCGGUCGUAUUUGCUUACAAUUCAGGCAUACAUAAGACAACAAAAUAUUCCCCAUAUGAACUUUUGUACGGACGACAGCCACGAUUACCAAUUGAUGCAAAAUCAGUUCAUUUUUCAUUCCAAAAACCGAAUGAUUAUUUUAUUCAACUUCAAAGAACCUUAAAAAUUUAUCAUAAAUUGGCUAAAGAAAACAGUAUACAACAACAACAAUUAAGUAAAAAUAGGUAUGAUUUACAUCGUCAAGAUCCUCAUUACAAGGUUGGUGAUUUAGUGCUAACUAGAAUAUUCCUACGUGGUGAUAAAUUACAACCAAAAUUUUCGUCUACACCGAAAGUUAUUAUAAAUUGUCAUCAUCCAACAUAUAUAGUUAAAGAUGCACAAACAAAUGUAGAAUCAAGAGUGCAUGUUGGAGAUUUGCGACCUAUUCUCAUCGACACUUAA